ACGCCAAUCGACUCUUACGUGCAGCAUCCCAUUCCGAUACCAGCUCCCACCGACAAGAUCGCAGUCGAAGCGCGAGGAGUGAUGUUGACCAAGAAAGAGAUGAAGAAGAUGCGGAAGCAAAGAAGAGCAGUGACAUUGCAAGAUCGCAGAGAUCGUAUCAAGAUGGGACUCUUGCCACCUGACCCACCCAAGGUAAAACUGAGCAACCUUAUGAGGGUGCUGACGAGCGAAGCGGUUGCUGAUCCGACAAAGGUGGAAGCGAAGGUCAGGAGAGAGGUCGCAGCGAGAAAAGAGGCACACGAGAGAGCCAAUAAGGAGAGAAAGCUGACAAAGGAUGAGAGGUGGCUCAAGGAGGAAGGCAAGAGACAAAAAGACGAGAUGAAAGGUGUCUUUGUCAGUGUGUACAAAAUCCUGCAUCUCGCGUCGCCUUCGCACAAAUUCAAAGUGCGAGCCAAUGCGAAGCAAUUCGGUCUCACGGGGCUUUGCAUCUUUCAUCCUUCAUUCGCGUUGGUGGUAGUGGAAGGAGCAAGCAAAGGGAUGAAGGGAUACAAGAGGCUGAUGACGCAUCGUAUCAACUGGAACGAUCCCGGACGCGUGCGAGGGGAAGAAGCGGACGAAGAGGAGGAGCCGGACGAAGCGCAACAUGUUGGCGGCUCGACGCAGCAACAUCAACAACAAUCACAGCUGGAGGCUAUCGACUGGAGCUCGAAUUAUUGCUCCCUGUUGUUCGAGGGACCCAUCAGGGAGAGAUUGAUCUCAAAAGGCUUCGUUCUAAGGAACGUCGAGUCGGAUGCGGAGGCCAAGGAGGUUCUGGGCCCGAGAAUGGAAAGCUAUUGGGGACUUGCAAAGAGGGAAGGGGCUGUGGAAGGAGACGUCAUCUAG